AUGCAUGCAAUUGAAACAAAUAAUUUCCCGCUAAAAUCGAGAAACAGUUUCCUAAAAAAGACGAAAUGCCUGACAAAAAUUAAGGAACAGGAAAGAGUUAUGCAAUGGACAAACCAAAUUAGAGACAAAAUAUGGGUCCCCAUCGUAGUGUUAUUAUCAGGUAAUCAAUUAGAAUGGCCCAUCUGGAGAACAUUAAACCGAAUGAGAACAGGAGUUGAACGCACCAAGGAUAAUAUGAAGAAAUGGGGACUACUUGAAGUAAAAACUACAACUUGUGAAUGUAAGAUGGAACAAUCAAUGAAACAUAUUAUGCAAUGCCCAAUCUGUCCUUACUCCUGA